GGGGGAGGGAAGAAGUCCAAGGACACGAUGGCCGAGGGGGAGAAUGAAGUUAGGUGGGAUGGAUUGUGCAGCAGAGAUUCAACUACUAGAGAAACAGCACUGGAAAACAUUAAACAAGCAAUCUUGAGGAAAGCUGAGUUUCUUCGUUCUGUGAAAGAGACACCUUAUCGUUCAUCGGAACAGCUUUUAAAUGCUGCCUCUUGGGAUGGGUUCAAUAAAAUCCUUGCUCGUCUGCUCAUGCUUUCCAAGCGGUGUCCCUUUAAAGAUGUAAGAGAGAAAAGUCAAUCUAUUUUGAAGUGUGUCCAGGAACUUGGAAUUAGAAUUCCUCGACCACUAGGACACGGACCAAGCAGAUUCAUCCCAGAGAAGGAGAUUCUUCAAGUGGGUAAUGAAGAUGCCCAGAUGCACGCUUUGUUUGCAGAUUCUUUUGCUGCUUUGGGUCGUUUGGAUAACAUUACCUUAGUGAUGGUUUUUCAUCCACAGUAUCUAGAAAGUUUCUUAAAAACCCAACACUAUUUACUACAGAUGGAUGGGCCCCUCCCUCUUCAUUACCGACACUACAUUGGAAUAAUGGCUGCAGCAAGACACCAGUGCUCCUACCUAGUGAACCUCCAUGUAAAUGAUUUCCUACAUGUUGGGGGAGACCCCAAAUGGCUUAAUGGUUUAGAGAAUGCACCUCCAAAACUACAAAAUUUAGGAGAACUAAAUAAAGUGUUAGCCCACAGGCCUUGGCUUAUUACCAAAGAACAUAUUGAGCAACUUUUGAAGGCUGAAGCACAUAGUUGGUCCCUUGCUGAAUUGGUACAUGCAGUAGUUCUACUCACACACUAUCAUUCUCUUGCCUCUUUCACGUUUGGCUGUGGAAUCAGUCCAGAAAUUCAUUGUGAUGGUGGCCAUACCUUCAGACCUCCUUCUGUCAGUAACUACUGCAUCUGUGAUAUUACGAAUGGCAAUCACAGUUUGGAGGAGAUGCAUGUUAACCCUGCGGGAAGUGUUUCAAUAACUGAUUCCUUUUGUGAGGUCGAAGCCCUCAUGGAGAAAAUGAAACAGUUACAGGAAUGUCGUGAUGAAGAAGAAGCAAGUCAGGAAGAGAUGGCAUCACGUUUUGAGAUUGAAAAAAGAGAGAGCAUGUUUGUUUUUUCAUCAGAUGAUGAAGAAGUUGCACCAGCAAGAGAUGUAUCACGUCACUUUGAGGACACUAGUUAUGGUUAUAAAGAUUUCUCUAGACACGGGAUGCACGUGCCAACAUUUCGAGUUCAGGACUAUUGCUGGGAAGACCAUGGUUACUCAUUGGUUAAUCGUCUUUAUCCAGAUGUGGGACAGUUGAUUGAUGAAAAAUUUCACAUUGCAUACAAUCUGACAUAUAAUACAAUGGCAAUGCAUAAAGACGUAGAUACCUCAAUGCUUAGGCGUGCAAUUUGGAACUAUAUUCACUGCAUGUUUGGAAUAAGAUACGAUGACUACGACUACGGGGAAAUUAAUCAGCUUCUGGAUCGUAGCUUUAAAGUUUAUAUCAAAACUGUAGUCUGCACUCCUGAGAAGGCCACAAAAAGAAUGUAUGAUAGCUUCUGGAGGCAAUUCAAGCACUCUGAGAAGGUUCAUGUUAAUUUGCUUCUUAUAGAAGCUCGGAUGCAAGCUGAAUUACUUUAUGCUCUGAGAGCCAUUACCCGCUAUAUGACCUGAUGUCUUUCCUCAGUUCAAAAAGUUGAUGGAAUGAUCAGAAGACAGUAUCUCUGAGGGGGCAGGUAUGGAGCCCCAGGACCAAUGGUAGAUCGAGCAUUCACACCUCCAUUGUGCCAUGAUUCCUUUAGUUUCUGCUCUUUUACUGUGGGAAAACCACUUUGGGCACUGAGUAGAGAGUGCCCAGCUCCUCCUUCAAGGUUAGAGCUGUGAAAAGGGGCUAUGGUUCAGAGGCUUCUGCUUUAUGACAGCAUAAGAAGCUGCAUAACUCCAAAUCCCAUUGCUUUUCUGAUCAGUGAGAUAACCAGGGUUGGAGCAUGCAACAAUGGGACUUGGAAAAUGGCUAAAAUUUAGUGAUGCAGAAGGAAUUUUAGAAGUUUCUGGUGCUGCUCUUCUUGCCGGUGGCUGUCCCAGUUAAGCUAUUAGAAAUACAGUGAACACUGCUACUAUCUGAGCCUCCAUAAUUUGUGUGGUUAAAAAUGAAACUUGGAUAUGUGUUCAUUUUUUGCCUUUAAAAUUUAAAAAGCUAAGACAAGCCUCACAUCUCAACAGUGACCAUUCUGAAAGUUAACAGUUAAUUUUCUUCACUGUAGUUUUUGCUUUUGAAAAUACUAUAUAAGUGUUUAAACAUUUAGUUACUGUAUGAAACCAAUUCUGAUGGCCUUCCUAAGAAGAUUCAGGCCUUCACAGAGUGGCAGUCUUCUGGGAAAGUGCAUCAACUACAAGCACUGCUGACAGCCAUGUGAUGGGUUUCUUUUCUUGGGUAGUUUCUGACACUGGAGGGCGGGCAGUCGUCAUACCAGAGUUUUGUUUCUAGCACCUCAACUGUGAGCAAGUCUAGGGGUAUUACCCCUAAAACCACCAUAUUGAAAGUGGUGCAGCUCCUUAGCUAACAAAGCCGUAAAACAUGUUGUAUGGUUAAAAUGAAUUUGAUUUGGGGGAAAAAAAAAUUGCUAGCUUUGAAAUGUAAACUGGUUUGGAAAAUGUACUGAAAACUUUGUAUUACAGAAGCGUGAAUUGCUUUUGAAGUCUGUCAGUAUUAUUGGUCUUUUUAAAAUAAAGGAUAAUUUUUUUUCUCCA